GCGAGAGAGACCCCAAACACUGGCAUACAGUCGUAUGAAUAACACAAACGAUCAGAUGAUGUCUUAAGCGAAAGAAAUAUAUAAAAUUUUAUUUUAUUUUUUUCGCUAACAAAACAAAUAAUAAUUUUUAUGCAGAAAUUAAUGUUUCAUUUCUGCGAUUCUCGUCUAAAAUUACCGACAUUUGAUGUCCAAACCAUAUAUAUAUCUGGCGUACAGUAAAUGCUGUACACUAUUCGCUAAACAACACAUGUUGUUAUUUGAUCAAGUUUUUAAUUUUUAAUUUUGUGAUUUAUUUAAUAAUAUUAAUAUACAUCAGUAUUUACAAGCGUUUAUCACUAAACGCUCCCGAUGAAAAUCGCCGAUUACUUACCACAUCAUAUAAAACUAAUUUUAUAUUUAAAUCUCUAUUUGUAUUAUUAUUUUACUUUAAUCAUUUAAUUUAAUCUAUAAUAUACACAAAUAUUCACUACAUUUAUUUCUCAUAUACAAUCCAUUUUGAUCACCAGUGCAAACAUCUAGUGCAUCACAAAAAUGCCCUUGUUAAACGAAAAAACCGUUGCAGACAUAUUGCUGGCCCAACAGCAGACACAACAGGCCAAUGGUGGCCACCUUCAGGAGCUGGAAGGGGGUGUUAAGCAAAAAAUGCUAACCAAUACCGACGAUCAUCCCAUUAUGUGUAUGGAUGUGGAAAAGGGUAGCUCUAAGUUCACGGCACCCGCCGGUGCCAUAGGGAGUGACAAACGAUCCCUACCCGACCGCAUACCCGCCUUUGGUCUACUUAUGGCACUUAUUUCGGUCGUGUGUUUCAGCAUUGGAUCCGUUAUAGUGAAGGUGUUGACCGAAAUGCAUACAAUUCAAGUGCUGGUCAUCAGAUGUGUCAUACAAUUCAUAUUCUACACAAUCACCGCGCUCAUCUACCGAUACCCAUUGAUGGCGCCUAAGGGCCACCGCGUGGACCUGACUCUACGGUGCAUAUCGGGCACCAUAUCGUUGAUCGCCAUAUUCAUGGCCUACCGGCUUAUGCCUCUGGCGGACGCCUCUACCAUACACUUCGCGUCGCCCGUAUUCGUCACGAUAUUCGCCUACUUUAUACUGAAAGAGCCGCUAACCGUACUACAGGUGUUGACGGGCACCAUCACACUGACCGGGGUGGUUAUUAUCGCAAAGCCCGAGUUUUUAUUCGGCGCCGAGACUGAGUCCGUACACGAGAGCCGACUAUUGGGCACAUGUUUGGCCAGUGUGGCUGCAGUCACAGCAAGUUUGUCCAUGAUCACCUUACGACGAUUAAAAUCCACGCCGGUGGCCGUGGUGGUGAUGUGGUACUCGGGCACCGUGGUGAUCGCCGGCACCGUGAUCCUGGUGAUUCUGGGCAAACUCACACUUCCCACCGGAUGGUGGACGUGGACCCUAUUGGCGGGUAUCGGGCUGUGCGGUGUGGGUGACCAGUAUUUCCUUACGGUGGCGUUCAAGUACGAGUCGGCCGGACCCGUGUCGGUCACCCGUACGUUCAACAUUGUCCUGUCGUUCAUAUGGGAAGUGGUGUUACUCCAGGAGUCAAUCGAGUGGACGAGCAUUUUGGGCGCCUGUCUGGUCAGCUCGUGUGUGGUUAUAUUGGCGAUGGAUAAGUGGCACCAGGAGUCGCCCCAACUGUUCCGCCGGCUCAGGCAUAAGCUGUUUGGCUGCCGGUGCUGUUGUCGGGGAGUUAGAGAUGUUGAUGGGAGUGAAGGUGGCGGUGAUGUUGUGACCAAACCGAGAAGUAUGAGUAGGGAUACGGCCGGUGGCAGCGCCGAUAGCCUGGACUCGAUCGUUGUCCAGUCGACUGUCCACUCGAACGCUAUAUUACUGGGCGGCCACUCAUCCGAUGAAGAUGAUCAUGGUGGUCGUCGCGAAAGGGCCUAGGCGGGCUUGCACAGUGGUUGUGGCUAGGGUGUCCGUUUAUUAAUUACACACCCUCUGUACAUCUAAUAUAGUCAUUAUUUAUUACAAACCAGUAUUUUGCGCUCGAUUAAUUUUAUGAGCAAUUUUAAACCGAUCGGGGUGGUAUCGUGACAACGAAUGUAACAUGCCUAAUACGUUUUGCCCCCUGCCCACCGCCUGUAGUUAAUAGCACUACGGUUGCUAUUAUAUUAUAACUAUGUAGAUUACUUAGCUAUGCUAUUAGCUAAAAUUACAUUUAUCAUCAUAAUUAUAUAAUAAUGCAAUUAGUCUCCCAAAUGCACUAUUUAGUGAAUAAUAUAAUCCCGGUGAAUAAUUAAAUGCCCAUUCUUAGAUUUAACGUUAGCUCUCUAUUUAUUAUCAUGUUAAGUUUUAUGUACAAUUAUUCUCAUCGAGGUCAUUAAGUGACCACCUAAGGAUAUUAUACACACACAAAAUUAAUGUUACACACAUGAAACAAUUAACACUGAAA